UCAAAAGUACCGGUUUGGUACUGGUAUCGGAUAAAACCUAAACGAUACCCAUUCCUACACUUGAUUGUCAACGUAGGAAAGUCAACUCCACCUAAACAACUUGGGGAUUUAGUGGUGGCUGUCAAUAUUCAGCUAGUUUUUAACUCAACCAGGUUACAUGAAGUUAUGUCGUUCAUUUCAUCAGUCUGUAUGUCUUUUUGUUGUAUUGUUAGUGGUAAUGCUCAGAAAUGAAUGGAUAGAUUGACAUGAAAAGUUUACCAGAGAUGGCACUCAGGGCGACAUAGAGGUGACUGCACCACUGGGAAGGACAAACAUUUAAAAUUAAUAAACAUUUAAAAAAUGGGAGACAUUGUCUUGAAAUUCUUAAGAAAAUAUAUAUAUUUUUUUUUUAACUAAGCAGGAUCUAGAUAUAUCUCAUCCAUGCAGGGUGUGGUGAGAAAUAUUCAGCCUCUGGUAGUAAUGUGCAGUCUUUGGCUACUCUUUUUUUUCUGUUUAAUUUAAUGCAGCUUAACAUAAAAUACUUUUUUCUCAUAGAUUUACAACUGAUCUCAGUAGAUUUGGCAUCAUCUAAUACUAAAGCUGAUUAUUACAGAUUAAUUGAAGGAUACUGGUUGUCUUUAGUUAAAUGUACUGUAAUGUUUUCCGUAAACUGAGUAAAAGCUGAUUCUGUCCCAGAAGAAGUACCUUUUCACCUUUGUCUUCUGUGUUUGAAACACAGCACCUGUGAUAAAUAGAGAUCUGAAGCCUGGCCGACAAAAGAUGAAAACAGUUACAAAUAGGAGGAUCCCACCUGUGCCAAAAGGAGACCAGCACUCACAAAGGAGUUUGCAAUCACCAUCACCUUUUACCCUGGAGUUGGUCAAUGUCUUGUCUGGAAUGGCUAUACAGCAAGGUUGCAGGAGAGACAAAGAGCACGGCACCACUAGAAAUGCAGAGUUUAGUUCACAUAUGAAAAGUCCACUCAGUUCUGAAAGUCUUACACACGGCAAUUACAGACAUUCACUGGAUUUGGAGUCUCACUUAGAAAGAAGGAGCCAUCAAAGUCUAGAAAGGGUCCCAUCAAAACGCCAUCACCAUGAAUGGCCUCAGACGAAAGAAGACUUUGACCAGCACGACUUUGUCCCAAUGGAAAAGCCUCAACAGACCUGUGAGGAAGAUUGGUACAUCGGGACAUGUAGUCGAGCAGAUGCUGAGCACGCCUUGCACCUGGUGAACAAGGAUGGUGCAUUUUUGGUGCGAGACUGCUCCACCAACAGCAACUUUGAACCCUUGGUAUUGGUUGUGUAUCAUGAAAAGAAGGUUUACAAUGUCAAAAUUCGGUUUGUCGAGAGCACAAAAAAGUACGCAUUGGGCACAGGAUAUCGCUCAAAUGAUAUGUUUGACUCUGUGGCAGACAUCAUCAAGUUCCACUCCAUAUUUCCAAUAACACUUGUCAGUGGGAGAACCGCGAUGGGAAACAAGUACCCAGACAACUGUGUGCUGACAUUUCCUAUAACAAAAGGGGAUGUUGAACGGUUGCUACAAUAACAUGUGAACCUUGCCAACAAAGAUUUGUCAAUGUGUUUCUUGUGUCAUGUGUGUUCACAGUUCCUUAAAAACUGUAGCGCUGUCAUUCUGAGCAAGUUGGGGUGGAUGGAUUUUGUAAAAGAAAAAUAUAUAUGUUGAUCAGAAGUACCUAUAUUUUCUGGUUAUUUUGAUAAUAAUGUGCUAAUGGUUUUUCAAUUAAUUCCAUAGACAAGUGGUUCUCAAAUUUUUUGGCUCCAGUGACACAAAACCUCCUAUAAUCCUAAUAUCGAUUUGGCUGGUUCUGCCACAGCAUUUGAAAAUCUCCCCACACCUGCUAGCUACCAGGCUAAUAAACUAGCAAGUGACUUCAUUGUUACAGUGAGUCACAAUCAUAUCAGUUCCUCCUGUUCCUCCAUAAUAUGGUAGCAAUUACUGGAUAUAAUAUGUUUUUGUUAUUGAAUCAAAUGCUCCCCAAUCUGUAAAAUGCACUUUUUAAUGAUCUAGCGCAAUUUAACAAAUUAUUUUACAGACCCCUUGAGGGUCCCCGGACCCGAUGAGAGACCCACUUCUCUCUGACAGAUAAUAGUGAUCUACUCUUAUUAUCCUAAUUUAAUGUCUUCAAAUUGUAUAUUUUGUAGCAACAAUCUAAAAUAAAAAGUCUGUAACUGUACAAUUAUACAAACCAAAAAGCUGGAACCAAA